UACUGAAUGUCUUCUUCUUCUUAACCCAGUAGCAGCGGGGACCAUGUUUCUUAAUGGUCCCACUAAGCAAGAAAAAUGAGAAAAAAUCACCCCUCACACAAACCAUUUCAUUAUAUAUGUAUAUCAAAGCAUUUGUGAUCAGAUUAUGUAUCAUCUAUUUUGAGGUUUUAUAUCGUGGCACAAAUUGUGUCUGUCUGUAUGCAUGUAUUAUGUAAAAUGGAGAGGCUGCAUUAGAUGGGUUACAUUCAAAUCACAUAUAUUUUUACGCUCAUUUAGCUGGACAGAGAAAAACUGAUGUGCGGUGUUUGGUGCCCAAGGGGUGACGUGACAUUUAUAUAGUUUUGAGACUAUUGUGUUUAACCCGUCCGCUGUGAUUGGCACGGAUUUGGCCUUCACUGGUAGCCUGGUAACAUACACUCCCAGGUCUUUCUCUGCCUCUGUGGUGGAUAGUGGAGUGUUUCCCCUGUGGUAUUGGUGUGCUGGAUAUCCCUUCACUGGUAGCCUGGUAACAUACACUCCCAGGUCUUUCUCUGCCUCUGUGGUGGAUAGUGGAGUGUUUCCCAUGUGGUAUUGGUGUGCUGGAUAUCCCUUCACUGGUAGCCUGGUAACAUACACUCCCAGGUCUUUCUCUGCCUCUGUGGUGGAUAGUGGAGUGUUUCCCAUGUGGUAUUGGUGUGCUGGAUAUCCCUUCACUGGUAGCCUGGUAACAUACACUCCCAGGUCUUUCUCUGCCUCUGUGGUGGAUAGUGGAGUGUUUCCCAUGUGGUAUUGGUGUGCUGGAUAUCCCUUCACUGGUAGCCUGGUAACAUACACUCCCAGGUCUUUCUCUGCCUCUGUGGUGGAUAGUGGAGUGUUUCCCAUGUGGUAUUGGUGUGCUGGAUAUCCCUUCACUGGUAGCCUGGUAACAUACACUCCCAGGUCUUUCUCUGCCUCUGUGGUGGAUAGUGGAGUGUUUCCCAUGUGGUAUUGGUGUGCUGGAUAUCCCUUCACUGGUAGCCUGGUAACAUACACUCCCAGGUCUUUCUCUGCCUCUGUGGUGGAUAGUGGAGUGUUUCCCAUGUGGUAUUGGUGUGCUGGAUAUCCCUUCACUGGUAGCCUGGUAACAUACACUCCCAGGUCUUUCUCUGCCUCUGUGGUGGAUAGUGGAGUGUUUCCCAUGUGGUAUUGGUGUGCUGGAUAUCCCUUCACUGGUAGCCUGGUAACAUACACUCCCAGGUCUUUCUCUGCCUCUGUGGUGGAUAGUGGAGUGUUUCCCAUGUGGUAUUGGUGUGCUGGAUAUCCCUUCACUGGUAGCCUGGUAACAUACACUCCCAGGUCUUUCUCUGCCUCUGUGGUGGAUAGUGGAGUGUUUCCCAUGUGGUAUUGGUGUGCUGGAUAUCCCUUCACUGGUAGCCUGGUAACAUACACUCCCAGGUCUUUCUCUGCCUCUGUGGUGGAUAGUGGAGUGUUUCCCAUGUGGUAUUGGUGUGCUGGAUAUCCCCUCCCAAGGUGCAGGACUUUACAUUUUUCUUCAUUGAAUUGUAUCAGCCACUUUUUGUUCCGUUCCUGUAGCUCAGUGAUGUCUUCUUGUAGGAAAUCCGCAGUCAAGUGGUUAAAGCGCCCUCAUGCUGAGUUUGACAGAUGUAUCACAGAACUUUUGGCCCAUGGAUCACCUGGUUAAGAUCGCUUUUUCCCUGCUUGGUUAAUCACACAAUGCAUCAAGAAUUCUACCACUAAAAGCAAUGUAUAACUGGUUUGGAUUCCCCUUUUGCACUAAACACCUGGUAUGUUUCAUCAGAUGGGUCACAUUCAAAACACAUUUACAUUCAUUCUGUUAAGUUGAGGAAAACUGAUGUUAAUUAGAUUUGCAGCUCAGUGCAUUACAUAUCAUUUUUGAAUAUUUUUUUCUCUUACCAUAUCUCUGAAAGCUCUUGAUUAAAUACAUGAAGAUCUUCCUCAAAUAAUGCUGAAGUUAUGCUGCAGGUC